UGACCACUUAACCCACCGAUCGAUGCGAAGGGUGGCGACGUCGGGAAUGCACCGCUUCGUCCAGCAGCUUGGGCCACGUUCUCUCUACAGCCGUAGCAUCUUUGCUAGUCCUGUCGUGCAGUACUCGACGAGACCAGCAACUGUUCGGGUUCGUUAUGCUCCAAGUCCAACAGGCUACCUCCACUUGGGAGGUCUGCGGACAGCUUUGUUCAACUACUUGUUUGCCAAGUCGCAUGGCGGUGACUUUCUCAUGCGAAUUGAAGAUACAGACCAGACUCGAAAAGUCGAAGGGUCGGUGGAAGCUCUAACAAAGAGCCUUCAAUGGUGCGGCAUCCAUGAAGAUGAAGGUCCUACCGCUGGUGGCAACUUUGGACCAUACGUGCAAUCGGAACGCCUGCACGUGUACAAAUCGUACGCGGACACACUCGUCGAGAACGGACAUGCGUAUCGGUGCUUUUGCUCGCAGGAUCGCCUGAAAUCCCUUCGCGACUCGGCAGUCCGGUCUGGUUCUGGUACCAUGUACGACCGUGCCUGUCUCGGUCUGGACCAAGGGCAAAUCGACGAGAAGCUAGCUCGUGGAGAUCCUCAUACGAUUCGCCUCAAAGUUCCCGAGGGAAAAACGACCUUGAAAGAUCUUGUCCGAGGCUACGUUCAGUUCGACCACAGCGUCGUCGAUGACCAAGUCCUCAUGAAGAGCGAUGGGUUCCCUACGUAUCAUCUCGCCCACGUUGUAGACGACCACCUGAUGGGCAUCACGCACGUGAUUCGGGGCGAAGAAUGGUUGUCUUCUACACCAAAGCACCUCUUGCUGUACAAGUUUUUGGGAUUUCGCCUGCCUGAGUUUGCGCAUUUGGGCUUGCUUCUGAACGAAGAUCGAUCCAAGUUGUCCAAGCGUCAAGGCGAUGUAGCCGUGGAAGAUUUCCAGAAAAAGGGUUUUUUGGCACCUGCGCUCGUCAACUUUGUGGCCCUCCUUGGCUGGAACCCGUCGGACGGUAACAAGCAAGAGAUCUUUUCGCUGGAUGAACUUCAAAGCGUUUUUUCCAUGGACCACGUCAACAAGAGUGGCUCCGUUGUAAACAUCGAACGACUUCGCUGGAUCAACUCCAAGCACAUCCGACGCCUCUUCGACACUGCCGACAAAGCCGACGUUGUGGCGACGCUUCGCCCGUACUUGGUGGACCACAUCCACCAGUUGGAGACAUUCAGCGACGAUUAUAUUUGGUCCGCUGCAUCACUGAUGAAGGAGCGAGUUGGGGCGCUGCCCGAUUUUGGCCCUUUGAUUUACUACUUCUUCACCGACCCGGACUACGACUCGACGAUCGCUGUCGAGAUGAAAGCGAAAUACUGGAACGAACACACGGAUGCGGCAGUCGCAGAUGCCACAACUCGCUUGCGUGCCCUCGCCGACAGCGACUUUGAUUCUAAAUCCAUCAUGGGCGUGAUCAAGGCAACGGCCAACGAACGAAACCUAAACUUGAAAAGUUUGCUCAUGCCAUUGCGGUAUCACUUGACCGGCAUGGAAGUCGGGGCAAGCAUCGGCGAUACCAUGGAACUCCUCGGAAAGGCAGUCUCGGUGAAGCGAUUGACCGGCGCCCAUUAAUCACCCGACCGCCCGUCUCUCCAUGACAGCAUUGGCCCUUGCCAUGCUCUGUUUUCAUCCCUUUCCCAAAUACACGACCAUGAAACGUGAUUCGACCAGUUGCCUCUUUUACACGUCAUCUGCGACCUUUUGAGCCACGUACACGUUGGAAUAUGCCUUUCCCGUGGCUCGGUGUUGAAUUUGUGCGCCGUGGGCUUGGUAAAACACUUGGUCAUCUUCCACUUGCUCUUGAUGCAGUAGUUCAAACCCGUGACGCUCCAAGACUCGCUUGACGUACUCGUCCGAGUGCUGCCACCGCCCCGAGAAGCGCAGGCUAAAGUCUUGUUGAUCGUUGUCGUCGUCAUUCUGCCGCACGUCCACGUUGAACGCGACGAACGCCUUUGGCCGAAGAAUCCGAUGCGCCAGUUCAAACACCUGGUCACGUGUCCCGUCAUGUAUUUGGUCGACGGGAAAGCACCGACCUGCCGGAGGUCCCCAAAGUACGGCAGUGAAUUCAUCGCCACAACUACGUCGUACGACGCAUCGGGCAAGCCUCCACCGACAUCGAGGAAGUCGCCAACCUAGUCGCCGUGCGUCGUAGCUGCAGCAUGGUCUGGGAACAAGACGGUGGCUUACGUGCAAGUCGUCGUACAUGUUGGUCAAGUUCCUGGCGUUUUCAAUCGAGAGGGGCGAGAGGUCGAUUCCAAGCACAAAGUUCGACAACGAGCGAAGGAACGACAUGGCAUGGCCCGAUCCACAGCCCAAAUCGACCACAUCGAGCCAGUGGUCGCCGUCGGAAAUGCCAAUUUUGGACAUUAAGGCUUUGGCAAUCGCGUUCGGGAC